UCGGGAAGUGAAAAUUUGGAGUGGCAAUAGUGAAAUAUUGGUUAUCGUCAAUUUACAAUCCAACCUCCGGUUCUUCUGUGUCUCGCGGGUGCUGACGUUUACAUGGAUCUCUGCCGCUUACGCUCUCUUCUUGCCCAAACUCAUGCAUUAAUCCUUCCUCCAUUCAUUCCCAAUCCUUCUCCAAAUUUCCAUUUCUUCAUGUGACUUCCGAUUUCGUUCGCUCAUCUCAGAUCUCCUUUCCGCCAUGGAAAUGCCAUCCACCACUCCCAAAACCGUCGAGGAAAUUUUCAAAGAUUAUGCCGGUCGCCGUGCCGCUCUUGUUCGCGCCCUCGCUCACGAUGUGGAUGAAUUUUACGGCCUUUGUGAUCCAGGUAAGGAAAAUUUGUGUCUGUAUGGACAUCCCAAUGAAACAUGGGAAGUGGUUCUUCCAGUCGAAGAGGUUCCACCGGAGCUUCCUGAGCCUGCACUUGGAAUCAAUUUUGCAAGGGAUGGCAUGAACAGAAAAGAUUGGCUGUCUCUAGUGGCUGUACAUAGUGAUUCCUGGUUGCUCUCGGUGGCUUUCUAUCUUGGAUCAAGGCUUAAGCAAAACGAAAGAAAGCGUUUAUUUAGCUUGAUGAAUGAUCUUCCCACUGUCUUUGAAGUUGUGACAGAAUGGAAGCCUGUCAAAGAGAAACCUAGUGUAGAUAGUGGAAGCAGAUCACAAGGAAGCGCUAAGAGAUCUAAUGAUGGGCAGGUGAAAAGCCAUCCUAAACUUGCCAAACAGAGUAUCGAGGAGGAUGUCGACGAACAUAGCAAAACCCUCUGUGGUAGCUGUGGUGAAAACAGUACAGAUGAGUUCUGGAUUGGCUGUGACAUAUGCGAAAGGUGGUACCAUGGAAAGUGCGUAAACAUAACACCUGCUAAGGCUGAUUGUAUCCAACGAUACAAAUGUUCAUUUUGCUGCAUGAAGAAAUGCAGGCAGUAGUAACGUAGAGGCAGACGAAGCCCCCAAAAGCGCAAUUGCUGAAUGAUUCGAGUGACUGAUGAAGCGUUGUAUCAAUUUUUCCUUUAUGUAUGUAUGAAUUUGUAGUUAUCUUAGAAUGACUAUCUCAACCCUAUCCCAUAUGAGUCUUGGAACUUGAAGAUCCAUUCUUCUACUUGUAUUUCUAAUUGUCACAGAAGCAUGUUCCUAUGUUAUCUU